AUGGGAGCCGCAUCGUCGUCGGCCGCGUGUCAACCGACCAACUGUUGCUCCAGCCACCAUCAAGCUUUUCUCCCACAUGCCAAUUCGAUGGUCGAGUCCGUGCACAACAUGAGACAUAGCGCCUGCGCCAUUAAUCGUCUGAAUAUAGACUGCCUAGUCUUCAUUUUCUACGAGGAUGUCCUUGCAGAAGACCCGCCAGAGUUGUAUACCGCAAACUGGGAGUGGGACGAUAGUGGAGACGAAACGUUCCGCGAGUUGAUUGGAGACGCUUAUGGACAUAGAGGCUGGGCUCUACUUCGACUAAGUCAUGUGUGUAGGAGGUGGAGAGAGGUUGCGCUCAGCCUGUCGUCUUUAUGGGCGAGUGUAGUGGCCCAACUCUCGAUGUGGGACCCCGAUGGCGGAUAUCAAAUGACAUUAGAUCGCUCUCGGGGACUACCCCUGUCAUUUGUACUGCCGGAUCGCCCGCUUGGGUCCCGUAUGGAGAGACAACUCGCGGAGGAUAUCGCCCAGUUUGGUACCAUCAUUUUCGACAGUGAUCGCUCUGCAUGGCCACUGUGUCUCUCAGGGAGACACGCCAAUCUACUUCGAAAAGCUAUCUUCAUCACGGGUGGCUACCCAGAUUCCUCACAUCCUUGGUUGGAUAUCGAGCCAUUGCACAUGCCGCUUGCGACCCAUCUCGUCUUCGACGGGGUUUACAUGCCGAGCCUGGCCAUCGGAUGGCAUCGAAAAGCGCUCCGUAUCGCUCCCUCGACUAUCCUCUCUCAAAAUAUAUCGUCCUUCCUUCUUAACCUCUCGUCGCCGGACGACCUUGUACUCAAGAUUUGCGUGUACGAGAUCGUAAACGUCGGCAUCUUCUCGCAACUCGUGGACGUUCUUCGUCCAUAUAUGGCCAACCCCUCAUACAAUCAUCUGACGGCCAGUGAUUGUUUCCAGACCUGGCAGGACGCAGCCGAUACUCCUCCCCUGUUCUCGUUACGUCAAGGUCCCAACGGGAAGAGACGAGUAGCUGUUCACGUCAAUAUGGAUGGCGCCAGACAGAUAACCUCGCUUCACCAAUUGGCGUUCGGGUCUCUGGUCCCGGGUCAGAUACGCAUACUGUCCAUCGAGAAUUGGAAGUUCGAUAGAUAUCCGCUGUUUCCCUCUGUUCAGGCGAACGGCGCUUUUCAUCUCGAUGUCCUCAGCGCGCAUGUCGAGGAGCUUCACUACGAAAUGCGCGACCUGACGAUGGCGUCAAUUUGGGAUCGCGACAAUCGGAGAUGGGGAACCGGCCUUCUACCAUACUUCAUCCUUCGUUAUCCUGAAACAUACCCUCUUCUGCGACGCAUAUAUGCGCACGGCGGGUCCAAGAUUCCCGACCUGCCGUGGCCAUCAGCUGCUCAGCUGCUCGGCAUAAGAGAGUGGCAUGAGUUGCGCGUUCGAGGAGGCGUGUGUUUAGAGGUUCUCCAUCUAGAGGGGCAGCUUCCGCUGGGCAUCUCGGCUCAGACCACUUCUCUCGAGCUUCUCGGGAGUGAAGUCCCUGUCGUUGACGAUCGUCGCAUCAUGGCUGUUUCCCCCUCUCCCAGUCCACCCUCGUCCAAUGGCGAUGAUUCUAAUGAUGACGCAGAGUUCAUUGGAUAG